AAUUCCACAGCCCCUGCACAUAUCGUCUCCAAAUAAACAGCUGAUUGCGGAGGAACGACUGAAAUUUGAAACGACGGACGCACCCAUGUGACGGAGGCAUUCCACGCACAAGGCACUUUUGAUUAUCGUCCGAAAAAGGGCGUAAAAGACACGGAGUUAUAUAAUCGCCGGUUAAAAACACAUGAGUGCGUACAGUGGAUCCGUCCGUCGUCUGCUGGACAGUUGGCCAGGAAAGAAGCGAUUUGGUGUUUACCGCUUUCUGCCGCUCUUCUUCCUGCUUGGUGCCGGCCUGGAAUUCUCUAUGAUCAAUUGGACAGUGGGCGAGACGAAUUUCUAUCGCACUUUUAAGCGUCGCCAGGCCAAGAACUACGUAGAGGAGCAGCAGCAUCUGCAGUCACGGACCGCAAACAACACUGACUAAACAAAAUGCCCGCCGGAGUGUCGUGGGGUCA